AUGGAGAAUUCAGGAGACAAGAAGUGGAGCGGCACAAAGAAGUCGUGGCAAGAAGAAGGAGGAGCAUCUAGUCAACCAAGCACUUCAACAAAGGGGACAAAAAGGAAAAGAUCGGUGAAAGAUGACCAAGCUUCCUGUCCAAAGAAGAAAGCAGAAGAUGCCAAAAGCCAAAAAUCUCCCCAAAAGAUACCAAUUCCUCCCCUGCCCUUGGAAUUGCCACCAAUCAACUUGCUUCACAGAGACAUUUUGCGGGCCUGGUGCCAGCAGUUACGUUUGAGCACCAAAGGCCAGAAAUUAGAAACAUAUAAGAGGCUCUGUGAGCAUGCUUACCCAGAGCAAAAGCCCUACUUGCAGAAUAUUCCUACCACAGCAAAAGAGGCCCGGAAGAAGAUAUUGAUACAAAGUAAUUCAAAGGUGGGCAAGGGGAAAAAGCCCCUGAAAAGUUCUAAGGAAAGCAUAUGUCCUGAGGGUGCUGCUCCCCCCAAAGUGGCCCCUGCACCGGAGGAGCUGCCUGUCCUUGAGGAGCCUCCUGCGCUCUAUGAAGAAGUCAGUACAAGCCUGGUGACCACGUCUGCCCUGGAGGAGACAUUGGGCUCCUGGGACAGAAAUGCAGCCAGUGCCGGGCAGGUGGCGACUGUGCGGCCCCCACCAGAGACCUAUGCCACUCAGGAGCUCAAGGGGGAUUGCAAGUGGUGUGUGGUCCACGGGAAAAGUCUCCCUGCAGACAAAAACGGUUGGGUUCAGCUGCAGUUUCACGCUGGACAAGCCUGGGUACCUGAAAAGAGAAAAGGGAGAGUGAGUGCACUUUUCUUGCUUCCCUCCUGCAAUUUUCCACCCCCGUACCUGGAGGACAACAUGCUGUGCCCCAAUUGUGUUAAGAGGAACAAGAUUUUAAUUAAAAGUCUCCAGUGGGAAUAG